CCCCAGGUACCCAGUUUGUGAAACCGACCGUUGGAGUUCCUCAGGUGUUCUCUCAAAUGGCCCAGGUGAGACCAGGUACAACCAUGCCCGUCCGGCCUGCCACCAACACUUUCACUACGGUCAUUCCGGCCACGCUCACCAUCCGGAGCACGGUCCCGCAGUCCCAGGCGCAACAGCAAAGUAAGUCCCCUCCCAGCACCUCCACACCUCCUGCUGCAGGGCAGCCAGCACCGCUGGGACGGUUAACUGUGCCGCAGCCAGGGCAGCCCGGUCAGUUAUCCGUUCCCUCGGCAGUGAGCCUUGCGAGCUUUGUGACGGUCAAGAGGCCCGGAAUGACUGGUGAGAACAGCAAUGAGGUUGCUAAGCUAGUGAAUACCCUGAACACUGUUCCUUCGUUAGGACAGAGCCCUGGCCCGCUGGUCGUUUCCAACAGCAGCCCCGUGCACGGUUCCCAGAGAUCCAGUGUUUCAGAGUCGUCGUCAUCGUCGUCAUCGUUAAAAGUAAGCUCAUCUCCUAUUCCCACGUUUGAUUUGCAAGAUGGUGGCAGGAAGGUCUGCCCAAGGUGCGACGCUCAGUUUCGGGUCACUGAAGCUUUAAGAGGACAUAUGUGUUACUGCUGCCCUGAAAUGGUUGAAUUCCUCAAGAAAAGAAAAUCUCUAGAAUCUGAACCAAAUAUUCAAUCUGCAAAGCCUCCAUCUCCAGAAAAAACUCCAGCUGUUGCUUCACCCCCUUCUUCUACUCCUAUCCCUGCGCUGUCCCCACCCGCUAAAGCUCCAGAGCCGAGUGAAAACGUGGUUGACUCGUCCCAAAGUAAGCUCAUCAUGUUGGUAGAUGACUUCUACUACGGCAGAGAUGACGGCAGAGUGAACCAGCUGCUGAACUUCCCCAAGUACCCGGCUUCCUUCAGGUGUCCGCACUGCACCAAGAGGCUAAAGAACAACAUACGGUUUAUGAACCACAUGAAGCACCACGUGGAGCUGGAUCAGCAGAACGGAGAGGUGGACGUGCACACCAUCUGCCAGCACUGUUACAGACAGUUCUCCACUCCCUUCCAGCUGCAGUGUCACCUGGAGAACGUCCACAGCCCCUAUGAGUCAACGACAAAGUGCAAGAUCUGCGAGUGGGCGUUCGAGAGUGAGCCGAUGUUCCUGCAGCACAUGAAGGACACGCACAAGCCUGGGGAGAUGCCCUAUGUUUGUCAGGUCUGUCAGUACCGUUCCUCGCUCUAUUCAGAGGUGGACAGCCAUUUCCGGAUGAUCCACGAAGACACGCAGCACCUGCUCUGCCCCUACUGCCUCAAGGUCUUUAAGAACGGGAACGCGUUCCAGCAGCACUUCAUGAGGCAUCAGAAGAAGAGUGUUUAUCACUGCAACAAGUGCAGACUCCAGUUCCUCUUUGCAAAGGAUAAAAUCGAACACAAGCUGCAGCACCACAAAACUUUCCGAAAGCCCAAACAAUUAGAAGGAUUGAAACCUGGAACCAAGGUGACAAUCAGAGCAUCCAGAGGACAGCCACGGGCAGUGCCGCUAUCUUCAAAUGACAUGUCGCAGGGCACUGGGCAGGAAACCACGCCGCUGUCGUCUUCUGCCGAUCCCCAGCCCAUCUUCCUGUACCCGCCUGUCCAGAGGAACGUCCAGAAGAGAGCCGUCAAAAAAAUGAGUGUCUUGGGGAGGCAGACUUGUCUGGAGUGCAGCUUCGAAAUCCCCGACUUCCCAAACCACUUCCCCACUUACGUGCACUGUUCGCUGUGUCGCUACAGCACCUGCUGCUCCCGAGCUUACGCCAACCACAUGAUCAACAACCACGUUCCUCGGAAGAGUCCAAAAUACUUGGCUUUGUUUAAAAACUAUACUGCCUGUGGUGUAAAGCUGUCCUGUUCCUCCUGUCUCUUUGUAACAUCCGAGGGCGACGUGAUGGCCAAACAUCUGGUCUUCAAUCCAUCACAUGAGUUUAGUAACAUUAUUUUCCGAGGGUCUACUUGGAUAUCACAUUCCAGGCACGUUCAGCCCCAGGACAAAAGCGUGAAGAAUCCGUGCCCUGCCUAUUCCCCGAGUAAAGCUGCUGCUGUGAAAACCAAGUCGGUCGUACCUGCGAAAGAUGACCUGGAGCCUGAACUGGCCCCAGCAGCCUGCACCAGGGCUCAGGUCUGCCAGGAAGAAGAGUGCUUCAAUAUCAAUGCUCCAGAAGAUGAGCAGCCGACGAAGGAGCCCGAGCCUGCGAGCAAAAAGGAGCAGCUGUCGGUAAAAAAGCUGCGAGUCGUACUGUUUGCUUUGUGCUGCAACACUGAGCAGGCUGCAGAGCAUUUCCGAAACCCUCAGAGGCGGAUCAAGCGCUGGCUACGAAGGUUUCAAGCUUUCCAAGAAGAGAACUUGGCGUCCCUGUCGGAGGGCAAGUACCUCAGCUUAGAGGCGGAAGAGAAGCUGGCGGAAUGGGUCCUGACGCAGAGGGAGCAGCAGCUGCCCGUCAACGAGGAGACUCUCUUCCAGAAAGCCACCAAGAUCGGCCGGUCCCUCGAAGGUGGCUUCAAGAUCUCCUACGAGUGGGCGGUGAGGUUCAUGCUGCGGCACAACCUCAGCACGCACACCCGACGGGCGGUGGCUCACCCUCUCCCCAAAGACGUGGAGGACAACGCCAAUUGCUUCAUCGAGUUUGUGCAGCGGCAAAUCCACACUCAAGACCUGCCUCUCUCCAUGAUCGCGGCCAUCGACGAAAUCUCUCUGUUCCUCGACGUGGAGGUGCUGAGCAGCGACGACAGGAAGGAAAACGCUUUGCAGACGGUGGGAACCGGGGAGCCCUGGUGCGACGUCGUCCUCACGAUCCUCGCCGACGGAAGCGUUCUCCCGGCGCUGGUCAUCUACAGGGGUCGCGUCCAGCAGCCCGCCAACGUGCCGGAAUCGAUCAUCUUGGAAGCGAAGGAGAACGGAUACAGCGACGACGAGGUGAUGGAGCUGUGGUCGUCCCGAGUGUGGCAGAAGCACACGGAGUGUCAGAACAGCAAGGGCAUGCUCGUGCUGGAUUGUCACCGAACACACCUCUCGGAAGAGGUACUGUCCUUGCUGAGCGCUUCCAGCACUCUGCCGGCCGUCGUCCCUGCCGGCUGCAGCUCCAAAAUCCAACCUCUCGAUGUUUGUAUAAAAAGGACUGUGAAAAAUUUCUUGCAUAAAAAGUGGAAAGAACAAGCCAAGGAGAUGGCGGACUCCACGUGCGACUCGGACAUUCUUCUCCAGCUGGUUUUAUGCUGGCUGGCGGAGGUCCUGGAGGUCAUCAGUGACUCUCCUGAACUCGUGCAGCAGUCCUUCCUGGUGGCCAGCGUCCUGCCCGGCCCGGACGGCACGGCCAACUCGCCCACGCGCAACGGCGACAUGCAGGAGGAGCUGAUCACCUCGCUCGAGGAGCAGCUGAAGCUGAACGACGAGCAGCAGGAGGAGGCGGCAGCGGCCGAGGUCCAGGACCGGACCCCGGCCGAGGAAUCCGCGGACCCCGAAAUCCUCCAUCAGCUCUUCGAAGGGGAGAGUGAGACUGAAUCGUUUUAUGGCUUUGAAGAUGCUGACUUGGAUCUGAUGGAAAUCUGA